UUGUUUUGUUUUAUCGCGAGAAGACAACGGGAUUUCAKAAGUCCGGGGCUUUUUCAUUCAUCUGUUCGAGACUAGCUUCUCACGGUUAGGUGACAAGAUGACUAGUCCAGAAGUACGGCCUAAUCACACGAUAUACAUCAACAACCUGAAUGAGAAGAUCAAGAAAGAUGAGCUGAAAAAGUCGCUGUACGCCAUUUUCUCACAGUUUGGACAAAUUUUGGACAUCUUGGUUGCACGAAACUUGAAGAUGAAGGGUCAAGCCUUUGUUAUCUUCAAAGAGAUCAACAGCGCCUCCAGUGCUUUAAGAUCGAUGCAAGGUUUUCCUUUUUACGAUAAACCCAUGCGAAUCCAGUAUUCUAAAACUGACUCAGACAUUAUUGCAAAAAUGAAGGGGACCUAUGUGGAGCGUGACCGCAAAAAAGAGAAAAAGAAGCCCAAACCUGAGUCGUCUGGAACCAAGAAAGGUGUUACACCCAUGGUUCCUGCUGCGAUGGCAGGAAUGCCUCCCAUGAGCCAGGCUCCUCGUAUGAUGCACAUCCCAGGACAGCCGCCUUACAUGCCUCCACCGGGCAUGAUGCCGCCUCCUGGAAUGGCUCCCGGACAGAUUCCUCCAGGUGCCAUCCCUGGUCAGAUGAUGCCUGGACAAAUGCCUCAGCAGGUGUCGGAAAAUCCACCCAAUCACAUCCUCUUCCUCACCAACCUGCCAGAGGAGACGAACGAACUCAUGCUCUCCAUGCUCUUCAACCAGUUCCCUGGAUUCAAAGAGGUGCGUCUGGUCCCUGGUCGUCACGACAUCGCCUUCGUGGAGUUUGAUAACGAGGUGCAGGCUGGUGCUGCACGAGAAGCACUACAAGGCUUCAAGAUCACACAGACAAAUGCCAUGAAGAUCUCUUUCGCCAAAAAAUAACRUCUCACAGGGUUUGUUUUGCGUGCAAACAGGUCUAAAUCUUAUAAUUAUAUUGGCAAUGCAAAUUAAUUCUUUUGAGAAAAAAAUUUGGCUGAUUUGUGAAAAACCCUCCCUCCAGGAUGACAUGUAAGUAUGCCUUUAUUAUUCAUGUCAGGUUGCUGUUUUAUUAUUUCCCUUGAGAAAAACACUUGGAGAAAUUUGAGGCUCUGGAUCAUAUUUGUAAAUGUGCGGAUUGUGUUGAAGUUCCCUAGAAUCUAGACAUUUCUUUAUUCUUUUCUGUUUUUUUAAAGAACAAACUGUCAAAAAGCAUUGCACCCAGAGUCUGGGCAUCCAGACAUUGUACCUGGAGCUUUUCUUUGUUUAUUAAAUGGAAUAAAACUUGGAAUUUGAUACAA